CUUCUUCGUGUGUCCAAAUUUCAAAACACGUGCUAGGUUGCUAAAUGCUAGUUGCUUCAUUGCUUGAGUUGAUACUUUGAUAGUCGAGUGUUAGUUUUCAUGAAGUAAACAUAGAGUCCAACUGUUUAUUAUUUACCCUACAUUUUUGGAUAUAAAAUGAUCUAAAAGGUAUCUCCGUUCUACUGAAUAGAUUGAUACAUAUUGUAUGAGAGAGACUACAGAAUGGACUUUCAGGAUAUUUUUAGAAAACUUUCUUCAGGAUCUAAAUUCUCAAAGAAUUCCUGUUCGAAAAUAGAAGAAGUGAAACAAGAAUCGCAAAGUGUUGAAAAUAUCAAGUGCCAGGAAGAAAGGAUUAACAGAUUAAGGAAUAUUAACCGUAUAACGGUCAGAGGUAAAAAAGUUCCUCCACCCAUUGAGAACUUUGAACAGCUCUGUACUGAGUUUAUGGUGCCAGAAAGAAUCUUGGAAAAUAUAAAAAAUGCCACCUACAAGAAACCGACGCCCAUUCAGAUGCAAGUAAUCCCUGCGAUGUUGCAAGGUAGGCAGAUUAUGGCGUGUGCACCUACCGGAUCUGGCAAAACAGCAGCUUUUCUUCUUCCUUUAAUAAGCCUUUUGAAAAAGCCUUCAAAAAAUGGAUUCCGAGCGUUGAUUCUCUGCCCGACGAGGGAACUGGCAAGGCAGAUAUUCAGAGAGUGUAUCCAGCUUUCAGAAGGCACUGGGCUUAAACCCUACUUAAUUAAAAAAGUCUCACAGAGUGGACACAGUUUUGGUUCCAAUUUUUCAAAAAAAUGUGAUAUUCUAAUUAGCACACCCAAUAGGCUUAUAUAUCUAAUGAGGAAAGAAGAUAAUUGUAUAAAUUUGGAAACAGUGGAAUGGCUGAUUGUGGAUGAAUGCGAUAAACUUUUUGAAGUUGGUGUAAGGGGAUUCAGGGAUCAACUGGCUGAGAUUUACACCAGUUGUGACAACAGCAUCCUGAAACGAGCCAUGUUUAGUGCAACGUACACAGUCCAUGUAGCCGAAUGGUGCAGGAAAAACUUGCACAGGGUUAUUUCUAUCACCGUAGGGCAGCGCAACACAACUGUCCAAGAUGUCCAACAGGAAUUGAUUUAUGUUGGAAAUGAGGCCGGUAAAAUUCAGGCGCUCAGAAAUUUAAUACAUCAAGGACUCACUCCACCAGUCCUAGUGUUUGUACAGUCUAAAGAAAGAGCAAAAGAAUUAUUCACCGAAUUGAUUUAUGAUGAGAUCAGUGUCGAUGUGAUCCAUGCUGAUAGGACACAGUUACAAAGAGACAAUACAGUUAAUGCAUUCAGAGAGGGGAAAAUCUGGGUUUUGAUCUGUACAGACAUAAUGGGUAGGGGCAUAGAUUUCAAAGGUAUUAAAUUAGUUAUUAACUACGACUUUCCACCGUCGGCCAUUUCGUACAUCCACAGAAUUGGGAGGACUGGCAGAGCUGGAAGACCAGGAAAAGCAAUCACGUAUUUUACAAAUGAUGACAAAAUCCUCCUGCGGAGCAUAGCAUUGCUGUUGAAAGAAUCUGGUUGUCCAGUUCCGGAAUACAUGCUAAAAUUGAAAAAGGUAAAACGAUCAGAAAGGAAACAACUGGAGACCCAACCUCUUGAGAGGAAAUCAAUUUCAACAGCUAUACAAAGUAAAAAGUACAACAGCAGUAGGAAAAAACCUGAUAAAACAUCUAAGAUAAAAAAAACAACAAACAAAGUGAAAGAAAAUGUACAAAAGUCUUAAUUUUUACUUUGUUAAUUAUGUAAAUAAACCAAUCUUUAUUUAA